CCCGAACGCAGCCUCAGUUUCAACUAUUCGCAGUUGUUGAUUUCUGUUGUGUAUUCUUGGUAUAUUCUAUAAAAGAGCAGUUGAGUGUGGACUAAAAAUUGGACAUAUCGCUGAAGAGGAUUGGGUGCUUCGUGUACGAGGCUGCAGAAGUUAAUUUGAUCAAUAACUCGAUAAAUUGUAAAGGAAAACUGCAUCAUACAAGUAUAAUGAAUAAAAUAACAGAUAGUUCUUCGGACGAAGAUGAUCCAUAUACAAAUUCCGUUGCUCGAUUAAGAGCAUUGAAAAAACAACGCUUUGAGAGAGUGGAACUUUCUCUUAAGGAGAGCAAUGCGCAGAAAACAAACUGUGAAGACAUAAACGGUCAUGGUAAAGAUAUAAAUGAUGAAAUAAAUAAUGAAAUAAAUAAUGAAAACGUAUAUUACGAUGAAAUAAAUAAUGAUGGAAUACAAACGCGAAGCAGGACGGUAAGAGAUAGAAGGAUUAGAAAAAGUAUUACUAGAGCUGUCGAUAGGCGAACUAGGGGAAGGCGUUUGCCUGUUGAUCUAGAGUACGAUGUGGAAAUCGUGGAGAAAGAAAAGCAAUCCGAAUCUUGCAAUGAUGUAAUUGCACUUUCAGAUGAUGAUGCUUACAUUGAAGAUGACAACUAUGAGAUAAAUAUAAAAGUGUACUGGCGAUCAAACAGAAUUGAUCGUUUAAGUAUGCGUAGACAUGAUAAUUUCAAAGGUAUUUUUGAGCAUUAUGCCAAUUUAGAAGGAGUUUCCAUGAAUGAAGUCUUAAUCAUGAAGAAGGAUAAAGUUGUCCAGCAUACCGAUACCCCUGCAUCGCUCCAAAUUUCCAUUAUAGAUAUACUCGAUGGUGGUAUAGUGAAUCCAGGUAUGAACACAUUACCCAAGGAUGAGAGCAAUGAUGAGGACAUAUGUAAUAUUAAAGUACAAACGGCGAACAAAAAACAGUCCUUGAUUAUUCCACUUAAGAAAGAUGAACCAUUCAAGACGCUAUUCGCUAAUUGCGCCGAACAACUUGGCGUGAAGGAGAAUAAUUUGAAACUUUAUUUUGAUGGAGAACAGAUUAAUCCAUCAGAUACUCCAGAGUCCUUAGAUCUCGAAGGAGAAGCGUGUAUCGAUCUUCAUAUCUCUGCGUAACGUGUAAUAAAAAGAUAGCUGAAAUUUUUAAAUACAUUUUUACAUACAUUGUAUUCAUCUUGUAUUGUAAGCAUGACAUUUACUCAUACAUUCUUUAUUACGUACUUUAAAAACACAUGUAAAUUAUCAUGUGCCUUCCAACAAGCGACACAGUGCGACACAGUGAUCAUGUCAUCUUUGUUUAACAUUGACAAACAACGAUAUAAUGAUCCAUUGUGUCACACCGUGUCAUUUGUGUCGCUUAUUGGAAGGCACACAUCAUCAUGUCAGUAACUAUACAUGACUGUUAUUUGUAAUUUAAUAGAAGGUGACUGAUCAAUUUUUAAAAAGGCCUUAGUAGUGUAUAUUAUUUACUAAUGUAAAUAAAUAGCUAUUUGCGGAAAUAUAUACGCGGUCUUAAAGAAAUAAGUA